GUCUCGCUCUCGCACGCUGCAUUUCACUCUUGUCGCUCGCUGCGAGUGUUUCAUAUCCUCCGAUUAGAGAACAUUUAGCAGCUAUUCUAGUGAACGCAGCUAGAAUUGCAGUGCAAAAACACAAAAAUCCACGUGCACUAGGUGACCAAAAGGUGAUUACAAACAAAAAACAACAAAGUGUGCCAUUAAACAGCAGGAAAAAGCGAAGGAAAAUCGCCGCAGCAAAGUGAAAAAAGCGACAGGGAGUUGUAGAAAAAGAGAGAGGGUGGGAGCGCCAUCGCGGUGGUGGGUGCUCGAUUGCACCAAUAUUUGUGUUGUGUGCGUAUCGGUGUUAUCGCUUUCAGCUAAGAGUUGCUCCAAAUUCGCGGCGCUUGCGCAGGAAAAUUCGUGCUCUCCCGCUCAGCCUCUUCAGAAACGGAACAGGAUAUUUUAUUAUACUGAAAUUCGUACGCAGGAAAUUCGCAUAGUUGUGAAAGCCGCGCUGCCACUCGGACGCAUUCCUCUGGCUCAGCUGGCUCCCCCGCACACCCACACACAACCGCUCGCCACGCACCCACAUUCACGCGCUCGCACACACACACACACACACUCACACUCGCUCAGAAAUCAAUUAAACGGCAAAAAGAUAAGUUGCAGUUUUCCGGGAACCCAAAAAACAUGCUGAAACUAACUCACAAGUUACGCAAAAAAUGUCGCAGCAAAACAGCAGCAGGAAAAGCAGUUAAAUCAUUAAAACGAUAGGCAUCGAAAGGAUAAGGAUUAUGGAUAAAGAAGAAGCGAGGAGAGACUGCAAGAGCGUAUAGCUUUUUUGAACUCCAAGCCAAUGACCACCGAAUCAGCGAUUUGCCUCAAACAACAAAAACACCCACUUAGCAAUUCGCAAUUUACAUUUUUGCAAUUUCACUGCCCCGGAAGUAAAAGCAGCUUCAGCGGAAAUUAAAACAAAUCGAAGCCGAAAUAAAAGGCAGAGCAAGAGGAGAGACAGAGAGAGUAAGUUAAGGAGAGCCCACAGAGAGCGGGAGAGAGCAAGUGCAUCCUCUUUACAACAGGGCACACAUUUACGACCGGUGACUGCAACUAGCCCACUCCUCCUACUCCUUUUUCGUCGCCCAUGCUCCUCCCUUCCGCAUCCUCACGGUUGUCCGCAAUUUCUGAUCUCAUAACUUAGACAGCAGCCGUUGGCACGGAUUAGACGGAAAAAGUCAGGUGUCAGGAGGCAUCCCAGUUCCAGAGUGCAGGAACUAACUCACAACGAAUAAACCGAACUUGCAUUUUUAUACCGCAUUUUUGUAUGGAACCAGAGUAACGUGUUCAGCAUUGACCAAAUGUCAUCGCAACCAACUUUAGUUGGACGAGCAAGCAAAUACGGCCAUUAACAGAAGUUGCCUUAGAACGAAACCCCACCCAAGGCGAGAGGAAAGGCCUGGACAGCAACGAACGAAGAUAUUCCCAAUCGGAUCCCCACUAAUAAAUGCAGUGGAAGAAGAAGUUUACUCGAUUGAAAGCAGCUACUGGAAAUUCGCGUGUGCGAAGGAUGCUUUGUUGUGGACGUAGAAAGGAGAAUGGAAGAUCAGUUCCUGAUGUCACUGCCAGCCCGGGACGCGCUCCGCCCGGCCCGCUGCCCGCCAGCCAGCUUUCCUCGCUGAGCAACCAGCAGCACCAUGCCAACCAGCAGCAGCAUCAUGGCAACCAGCAGCAGCAUCACGGCAACCAUCGCGGCCAGAGCGGCAGUAUGUCGAACGCCGCGGGGGUCAAGGACCCGGUGAUGCUGCAGGGCGACUUCCGCAAGGUCAGCGGCAUCAGCUCGGAGAUCUUCCGCCAGAUAGAGGCCGUCGAAAAUGACCACGACCCCAACACGGCGGCAGCCCUGGAGGCGGUGGAGCGCCGUGGGGAGAUGAUCGUGCGCGUCCUGGAGCCGCGCAGCAUGGGCAGCAAGCAGGCGGUGGAUGCCGCCCACAAGCUGAUGAGCAAGGCGGACGGGCGGCACACAGUGCAGCUGGUUGAAAUUGUCAAGCGACCGGGCCAGACGCUGGGCCUGUACAUCCGCGAGGGCAACGGGGCGGAUCGCACCGACGGCGUGUUCAUCUCGCGAAUUGCGCUGGAGUCGGCGGUGUACAACAGUGGCUGCUUAAGGGUGGGCGAUGAAAUCCUGGCAGUGAAUCUGGUGGACGUGACCCACAUGUCCCUGGAUGAUGUGGUCAUCAUUAUGUCAAUUCCACGCCGUCUCGUGCUGGCGAUACGUCAGCGACGUGGCAACCGGGGCACGGGAUCCCCCGGACCGCCGACGCUCUCCCGGCCGGAGCAAAAACCGCCACCGGUUGUGGUGAUCAAGCGGGAUCUGCGGGACGAGGAUCUGGACGAAACGGACCGGAUGCCGAGGCCGCGCUCAUCACGUGAAAGACGUACAGGUAGAGAUGGCCGCGAAAUGACGGAAUCACGAUCUCGCUUGGGUCUGGGCCUCAACAACUACAGUCCGCAGUCGGAGCAACUGGAUAUGUACUACAAUACUCGUGGCGGAGGAGGAGGAGUUAUUGGUGAACCCCCGAACUGGGGCUAUAAGCCACCACCGCCCCCGUCUUCGGUGAUAACGGAGCAGCCCACAAAGGGUCACACCUUUGCGCCCUCGCAUGCUUACUAUCAGAACGCCGGCACGCUGGAGAGUCUGGCGGAGAAGGUGCAUGCCUUCUAUCCCGGACAGCCAGGUGGUCUGCCUGUGGGUCCAUCAAGAAGAAUGUCCACGGGCACUGGAAACGUAAGCCUCGCUCAACAACACGCCAGAUUCCCGCGAUCUGGUUCGGAUCAGCACUUACCGCGCGUUGAAUAUGCCGACUAUUCCAACUCUCUGGGACGGCACACCCUUUUGCGAUCGAGUUUAAAGCCAAGCACAGCUGGGGGAGCUCCAAUGGCAGUGGGAGUGGGUGGCACUCUCGGCCGAUAUGGUCGCUACGACCAGCAGAGAGCAGGGGUAUCUAAGUACGGACCCCCCGCUGGCGGGGCUCAAUCGCUGACCCGUCGCUCGCGACCGAAUUUAGACUAUUCCAGCGACACGGAGGCCACGAUUGGACCCCGGCCCAGUUACUACUACUACAACAGACCGGCCAUUGGCAGCAUGUCAAGGGGAGCGGGGGGAGCAGGAGGCGGAGUGGGUGCCGCUGCAGCAGCUGCCCUGCUGACCGGAGCCGCGGAUCUCAAUAAGUUUAAUUCGUUGCCCAGGGAGCGACCCGGAGUGAGGCUGCAGGGCAUUCGUUCCAGGAUGGGAGAUCGCUUGGCAGACGAAAACGAUGGAAACACCUCGGCACCCGAGUUUGAUGUGCGAAGAGGCAGGGACCUGCGGCAGCGAAUUACCGCCAGCCCGUCGAUAUUCACGGCAGACGAGUACCGCGCCUGGCUGAGAAGGGCACCCAGCAGCUCUGCGAUCGCGGAACAGAUGCGCAUGACGCGGGAUAUGUUUGCCCAGCCGCGGGCCCAGCGAUUCUCUUGCAGUGCCGAGAACAUCCAUGACGCGCUAAGAAAUACGGAGAGCAUUUACUCCAGCAGAACCCACAUUCUGGGCACCGGCACUCUCGAUCGGAACAUGGGCCUUACACGGCCCAUCUCUGCAUUGCCAGUGCGUUCCAUGUCCUCGCAGCACAUUGGCGGAGCGGGAUCCAUUCGAUCGCCCAGCAUACGACGCAUGCGGCAGCUGUUGGAAUUAUCCGCCGGUCCUGCCAGUCCCAGCGGAAGCAUUCUGAGCACAGGAGGUCACCAGAGUCCGGCACCGACGCCAAGUGCUACGUUGCCACGCCCUCACCGCCAGAUUGACAUCAAUCCGGCGGAGUUCGCCAAGUACAAGCUUGACAAGCCCAUUGUGGACAUUGGAGGGAUCUCCGGAAUGUUGUGGAUUCACUUGCUCGCAGGUCGCGGCCUAAGGACGGCUCCUGAGGGAGCGGGAGGAGCGGCGCCUCCAUCCCAAACCAGAGAUCUUUAUUGCGUCAUCGAGUGCGAUCGAGUGCACAAAGCCCGGACAGUGGUGCGAUCUGGGGACUUGCAGUUCGACUGGGACGAGUCGUUCGAGCUGGACUUGGUGGGCAACAAGCAGUUGGAUGUACUGGUCUACUCCUGGGAUCCGCAGCACCGGCACAAGUUGUGCUAUCGAGGAGCCAUUUCGUUGUCGUCAAUCCUCCGGCAGUCUCCGCUUCACCAGUUGGCUCUGAAGGUUGAGCCCAGGGGCACCAUAUACAUUCGCAUGCGGCACACUGAUCCCCUGGCGCUCUACAAGAGGAGGGGUCUGCCCAGCUUGCGGGCUGGCUAUCCCACGCUUUUCGGCGCCGACUUGGAAACCGUGGUCAACAGGGAGUCCAAGAACGCUCCCGGAUGUGCACCGGUUCCCAUCGUUUUGAGGCGCUGCGUGGAGGAGGUGGAGCGCCGGGGGCUCGAUAUAAUCGGGCUGUACCGCCUGUGCGGCUCCGCCACGAAGAAGCGACUGUUGCGCGAGGCCUUUGAGCGCAACAGCCGUGCCGUGGAAUUGAGCCCGGAACAUGUUCCUGACAUUAACGUCAUCACCGGCGUGCUCAAGGAUUACCUCAGGGAGCUGCCCGAGCCGCUGUUCACACGCUGUCUCUUCCAGAUGACGGUUGAUGCCUUGGCUGUUUGCCUGCCAGAUGACCCGGAGGGCAACGCGAAACUCAUGCUUAGCAUACUCGACUGCCUGCCGCGAGCGAACCGGGCCACGCUGGUAUUCCUGCUCGACCAUCUGUCGCUGGUCGUUUCCAACUCGGAGCGGAACAAAAUGUCCGCCCAGGCGCUGGCCACGGUGAUGGGCCCACCGCUGAUGCUGCAUUCGGCGAAUGCGCAGCCGGGCGCUGACAUCGAUCACGCCCAGCCGAUCGCGGUACUUAAGUAUCUGCUGCAGAUCUGGCCGCAGCCGCAGGCGCAGCAUCAGCAGCUGGCGCAACACAUGAGCAACGCGGCUGGGGCGAUGAUGGGCGGCCUGGCCACCGCCGGGAGCAUGAGCAAUAUGGCCGGCGUUGCUUCAGGUCGGCGCGGCGAGUCAACAGGGCAGCGUGGAAGCAAAGUCAGUGCGUUGCCAGCGGACAGACAGCAACUUCUUCUGCAGCAGCAGGCGCAGCUCAUGGCGGCGGGCAAUCUUCUGCGCUCGUCCACUUCGGUAACCAACAUACUCUCCCAAGGCCAUCCUCAGCUCUCAGCCACAGCCAACAGUCAUCUGUAUCAAUCAGUAGUGGGUCAGUUAGCUCAAUCGCAUCGAGCCUUGCAACAAGCGGUGCAACAGCCCUAUCAAUUGGGGGGCUCAGUGGACUCAGCAAUUCCAGACCAAUCGCCACUGCCACUUCCAGGCACACCCUCCCCCGGCAGUAGUUCGGCGUCAACGGGCUCGGGCUCUGGAUCCGGAUCAGGUAAAAGCACGGAUACCAUCAAGCGCGGUGCUUCGCCCGUUUCCGUGAAGCAAGUCAAAAUUGUAGACCAACCAUCCAGCCCCUACUCCAUCGUGAUGAAGAAGCCGCCGCUGCAGAAGGAUGCGCCCGUAGAAAUCACCACGCCCACCACCCAAACGGAGGCAGCCUCAUCCCUUGGAAGCAGCCAUAGAGACAAGGAAAGCAACGGGACAGCAGCUCGCAGAGGAAAUGUGGACUUCUAUGAACCGCACAAAGCACUGUCCAAGAGUUUGGUGAGCGAAGAACCCAGCUACGGCUCUAAGUACGCCAGUUUGGAUGCGAAGAAAAGCGGCUUCGGAAACAGCAGCUACAUGCCCAGCAAGGCGAAUACCAGUGGCCUUUGUGCCGGCGAAGACUACAAGGCCAUGCGGAACAAGUCGAGCGCAACAUCAAGCUCCAGUUCAUCCCAGGCCACGGUUCUGAGUGCUGGCUCAACGGCCACCUCGGCUCCGACGACCUCCUCGGACGAUUCGGAUGACCUGGUCUCUUACAAGUCGUCGGCCUCCACGAACGCCCUGCUGGCCCAAUCGCAGGCCAUGACCACCAGCCAGCUGAUGUCAAAGUAUCUGAAGCGGGAGCCACGGGUGCAGUUUACACCGAUUAAGUCCCCUGACUCGCCCUCGCCACCCGGUGGCGGCGACGGUCUGCCCAAGGGCACCUACCAACUUGUCACGCCCAGCUCAGUUUCCUCGACCAAACCAGGUGUCACCACUGGAGCCAUAAGCAAGUACACCACCAGCUCUGCGGACUCGAAUACAAACACAAGCAGCCAGAAGUUGUCAUCGCCCUCGCGAUUGUCCAGCGGCAAGGAAUGCAAGACUGGAGCUGCCUCGUCUUCGCUUGUUUCCUCUGGUCGGCGACUAUUCGACAGCCUGGCCUCUUCGUCAUCUUCGGAAACCGAGACCAAGACCUACAUAGGCGGCACCACUUCUGCCGGCGGGGCCACCACCACCACAACAUACACCAAUGACACCAGGAACUCUGGCAGCAGUAGCAGUAAGUUGAGCAUGGGAAUGGGAGGGGUAUCCGGGUUGGGAUCGGGUGCAGGGAGCUUGGGAGCAGGCUCCGAGCACAGAAGCUACGGCAGCGCGCUCUUCGGCAGCAGCGGCCUGGGCAACGGCAAUGGCAUCCACAACCACUCUGCAGCCAGUCCAAGUCCCUUCACCACCACCAACGGCAAUGGCAACCACAAUGCCAUGCAUCUGUACGGCACUCUGCCCAAGAACGGCACCACCUCGACGGGGGCCGCUCUGUUUGGCGGCUCGGCCAGCAGCUCAUCCUACCACUCUUCGGGCAGUGGCAGUGGGAGUGGCAGUGGGGCGGGCACUGCCAGCAGCAGCGGCGUGAGCUCCAUGACGGGGUCCACCAACAGCUACGACUUCUACACGAGCACCAGCUCCAGCGGCAGGCCCUUUGCCAAUGGGGGUAACAACUACCACACACUGGGCACCUAUAGGGCACAGUACGCGGCCACCAAUCCCUUCCUCGACGCCUUCGACGAGAAGCCAGGCAGCAACGGGGGUGGCAGCGGUAGUAGCAAUAGCACUAGUCACGGGGAGGAGAAACUAGGAGCGGACAAGGGCCACCAUAGGGCGGCAGUGAUGGCGGCCUUCCAGUCGUCGGGCGACUCGAAAAACGGCAGCGAUGAGUACGACGAUAUCAAGUGAGGAGCAAGGGCGAAGAAGAGUAUUAAAUGCGGUUAUGAGAAAGGUAUAUAACUACAACUACGUUUAUACGCAGGUCACUUGUAAACCUAAGGGUAUAUCGAUGGCUGGACCCUCUUUUAAAACUUUUUAAUUUGUUACUAAUUGAUUGAAAUAAAUAUGUUGAAAAGAAUUUAUAAAUAUUAAUGGGAAUGCGCUAAAACUAUUAAUUUUUUACACCUUCUCUCAGUUUGUAAAUAGUUAUGUUCUCAAUGUUUAUUGCAGUGCUUGCGUAUUAGCGUAGUUACUUAACGAAAAAGUACGAAAAUUAUUGCCAUACAAUGCUGAACGUUUUCUUUUGAAGUAUUUACAGUUUACAAAUUUACAAAAUACAAAAGAUAAACGAACAUAAACCAUUGACGAUGACAACUAAAGUCAUUAAAGCCCCCAAUGGCAAUCCUCUUAAGCAAACAGAUUAUGAAAUUAUAAAUACUUAAAGGAAGCUUAGCAUUGGUAGCCUGAAUGGAAAGUCACUUAGCUAACAUAAAUCCGAAUUCAACAACAUUUACGAGCAGUGUUUUUGAAUGAACUAAACAUAAAUUAAAAACAACAGCGUUAACAGACAAAGACAAAGCGUUACAAUAAAAAUAUAUAACGAAAAAAACUUUGACAAACUUUUGCUCGCGCAUUUAAUUUUUACAAACAAAAAACUUCUCAGUAAACACACACGCCACAAAUGGACAUGCAAUUACUUCGAUGACCUAUUUAUUACAUACUCCCAUUUCGCAGUGGAAUCUUUUUAUAAGCAAAACUGCUGUUCCAAAAAUUUCUAAAUUUCCCCUCAAGCUAACCACAUUGUCAGUUAUGUGUGUGUUUCAAUGUGACCAACUCUAAUCUAUUCAAGUAUAAUACGCGACUAUGACAAACUAUCUUAAUGAAAUGUUUUACGACUUUUUAAGCAAUAUAUUUGCCUAAAAUGUUUAUCUACGCCUCUUAUAUAUAACUCUAUAUACACGUGCAUAUGUGAUCAGAAGAACAGAUAUGAUCAGGCCAAAGCGCAGAGGAGUAAACUUAUGUUUGCCGAUCAAGCGACUGAUCGUUUCAGAUAAAACUCUCGAGUCGGACUCCACCUUUGCAGACACCACACGGAUACAUACAUGCAAAAUAGAAAUACAAGAAUUUAUGGAAGAAUCGAUGUGCUUAGUUUUUGUAUGAAACAAAGUCUGAUAUACACACUAAUAUACAACAGUACAGUAAAAUAUUUAUAAACAUCUAAACCUAAUUAUACAUGCGAUGAAAAACUAAAAAAUUUAAUAAAGUAAUGCUAAACAUAUAUACUGCAAAAUGAAAAUUUGAACACUUUGCGAUUAAGUAGAAUUUUACAGCAGUUAUGUUUUUGAAGCUUAUUGUAAUGUACGACCAACUGUGCUUAAUCCCAAUCAUAUGACAAAAUACAUAUAAAUGAGCCUAUUCUGAACACUGCUACAUAAACUCCAAUGAGCCGCAAAUAACGCGAACUGUAAAUACCUAAAAAGUAAUUUACCAAACUGCUUGUAAACAAAAAACGUCAGUUGAAGUUAGCUUCUAGACACGGGCAUUACAAAGCCUAUAUUAACGUAUUAUUAAAAUUUGGCCAGCUAAGGAGUAUAGUAAUAAAUAACUACAUACCAGCUAGACAGAAAAUAUAAGAACAGAGGAAACUGCAAAAUAGAUUAAAAAACAUAAAAGUGUAUGUUAGCUACCAAAAAAAGCAUAAUCAUUCGUCUUCAUGCUAGUACAACUUCCUUCAGCAACUCAACAAAAUCAAUUAAAAUAAAGGUAUACAAUUUAUUGAGUUCUCAAGUUUAAAUAACAUUUGCAUAACUUACCGAAAUUGUAUAAUCCCUAGCGCAAGCGCAGCUAUAACCAACAUUUCGUAUUAUUUUAUUUGAACCAUUUAUACAUAAUAUCGACUUAAGUGUCAGAUAGAGCGUUGAGAUUUUAAAUAGAAAAUUAUUCGUUUAAUUGUUGUGAGAUUUAUUUUAUGCGGAUGAAGAGCAUUUAAAGUGUUAAACAUGAUUCUUAAUCCAAAGAGUUAUAAACCGCAUCUAAGGCUACCAAAUAGUUGAAGUAAAUUGAUUUUUAUAUAGUGAAUUGUUAAUUAUUGCAUAUAGCGAGUAGUUUUUAAAAAAGUCACACCGACAGGUUUAUUCAUUUGUGGUGGAUGCGAUUCGCGGACCGCCGAGCUACACAACCUGUCUUAAGAUUUUAACGUGGUACAUACCAAAGAAUCGUCAAUGUUAAUACUAAAACUGUCGCCUUGUUUUUAAACCCAAGAAUAUCUAAUUAACUUAACUUAAUUUCCGAUCUUAAAUCUCUUAAUUUGAUUACCCCAAAAGCUUUAAUCGUUGAACGACCAAAGGUUACAAAUAAGAAACAUAUUUCACAAAUCCCAAAUAAAAGUAGCGCAAAAAGUGGAGGAUAUCAUGAGAAGGACAAACCUUUGGUUUAUUUGCAAGUUAUUGUGGCUUCUUAGUCGUAGUUAGCUUAACCCUAAGGUGUGGGACCUGGUGAAGAAUCUGAGGUGGUCAGUUGGUGGUGGACCGAGUAACUGGAGGCUGCGGUUGGGAUGGUGCGUGUUCUGGGUUUUGCUGCUUGAAACUGCUUUUCUGAACCCGAUCCUGUUAGAUAUGUAUUUGAACUUGUACUUAGAAUUCGUAAGCAUACACUAUGGGAUAUAUAUCACUGUGUCAUAUCGUACAUUUAAAGCAAAGAAAAAAAAGCAACCAAACGAAGCUGGGCAAAGAAGCCAGAAGGAGGUAACGCAAGUAUUCACGUAUUGAAAUAUGUAUACAAUCCUAAAUUAACGGCCGGUCAACUAUAUAAUAUAAAUAGUUAAUUACAGGCAACCAAGUACUACAAAUUGUAUAUGCAUUUAAUUUAGAAUAACUAAAACUAACUAAACACUAAAUAACUGACUCAAAAACCAAUCCAACUGUUAGCUGGCGAAUGACGACGGCGAAUGAAUUGAUAAUUAUGCUAACACAUUAGGCAUUAAAGUUAGUUAACAAUGAAUGAAACAGAAACGAACUAAUUUACCGAAAUGUAUUGCACAAUAUCGAACACUUAUAAUUAUUAGCGAACUAACUAAGCCACCAACAAAUAAUACGCAUACGAUUAGAAUCGGAUAGGCAAAGGCAAAUGUGACCGAAUGCAGAUUGUAUUGAUAACUCGAUUUCAGGGUCGAGUCUGCAAUCGACAGGUUCCGUGGCGGAUAUAUCGGAUAGUUUGAAAGGCAGCUCAGAUGUAUUAUGGUUUGGGUAGUGCAUACGCCUAAGUAUAUAUAACGAAAGUGUGAAUUUAUGUAUGUAGUAAAUGUGCCUAAACUUUAUUUUAAUUUCAAAUCACGAAGAUCCUUCCGCCCACGCCCUUGUAACCUUAAUUUCCGGCCCACUUUGAGAACCCUUUAAUGCUUUACGGGGAUUUUGAUUUGUUUUUCAAACGAUUUUCGAGAAAUGCAAUUGAGGCAAAGAUUUCUUCUGUCGAACUUAACAAGUAAAUGGAGACCAAAUGCUCAGGGCUUUAGGGAGUUAGAGUAGGCGUAAAAUAAAAAACCAAAACAAGGGGAAACCCACCUAAGAACUAAGUGCAACACAUCACGAGCAUACUCCAUCAAACGUUAAGCCAGUGCAGUUUAGUUUGAACUUUAGCCCUUGUCAGCAGCAGUCGCGGCGGAUACAGCACCAACAUCAACAACAACAGCAGCCACAACAAGAACAAUCCAGCAAACAAAUUUACAAAAUCCAAGCAAUCAAUUUGUUGAAAAGACUGAAAUCCAUAAAACAAAAAAAAGAAACGAAACAACACUGAACCAACAACAAGAGUUUUAAUAGAAGUCGUCAUUAAACCAGAAAUAUAUACGGCUAUUUUGAAAAUCCCCAGUCAUUAAAAGUCUCAGAGUAUUCCUUCUGUUUAUGAUACCUUUUCGAGCGCGGCAUUAAACUUGAUCGAAGUAACAUAAAAAAUCUUAAAGUAAUAGUAAAAUAUUAGCGAAAAUAAUAAAAAUAUUGCCACCAGCAUUUUGCUACCUACUUAAUAUGCAAGUUUAAUAAUUAAAAGCAAUAAGAAAAAGUUUAACAAAAAAACUUAUCGAAAAAAGGCAGAGAGCUUUGAAGUAGGCAAGUAAACAAUACGAAAUAGAUGUACGGAAAAGUACCACAAGUUUCCCAGGUCGUUUUAAAAAAUGAAUCCCGGUAUAUACAACUUUGUAGUCAUUCUCCAAACCCACCAUAAACGGAAGCGAAAAAGUAAAUGAAACAUAAAGUUAAUCUAUCCGUUUUCGUUUGCUAAACCUUCUUCAUUUGGUCCUCUUUAUACUAAUUGCAUGUAAACUCAAACAAGUAAGCGUAUAAAAAACAUAAAUAUGUAUAUAUCUUGAUAUAUUAAUGCGGUACCCCAGACCUAUACCGCAGGUGCAGCGGACAAGCUAACCCACGGAUCAAGACCAAGUCCAACCAACUGACACGAACGAGUAUUCCGGGGCGACAUUAGCGAGGAUUCGUUAAAACGGAUGAUACUCUGAAUUACCACUGCCACAAAGAAAAAAAAAAGUAAAUUAUACAGAUACUUUGCAUAAAGCGUAAAAUGAUAUAUAAGAAAUGACUAAUUUGACACGGCGGAAGAUCCUUGCAAUUACAUGUUAUACAUUAUGCAUUGGCGGUGAUUGCCUAAAGAGCAAGUUAACUUUACAUUAUUAUUUAUUCCGAACAAAUAACAAUAACAAUUAUCGUAUAAUUAUGGAACGCGAAAACAAAUAGAAAUUAAAACAGAAAUGGUUCUUUGCGUGAGAGUAAGCGAUGUUACAUUAUUUAAUUGAAAUAUAUACAUAUAAAAACAA